CCACUGUCUCAAUUCACAUGCAUCAUGCCGUCUACGACGGGAAGCCAUCUUCGGGGUUGAUGGUCCCCUCCUGACGCUCAAUAGUGCGGGGACGGACAUCACUGACACAUCUCCACUGACAACGUGAAACCCGUGGCCUUCUGCGCGCGGAUGCAGUCAAGAUCAUGCGGUCUCUCAUAAUGUUGCACUAACUUCGCCUUCCACCGCCCGACGCACUCACUUCCCUUCUAGCGCUUUCACCGUCGCGACCGCGACAAUGCCUUCAUCUAGUGUGCGGAGACGGACCACGGUGGCCGCCUGGUCUGUUGCUCUGACUGCUCUCGUGCUUGUAGCCCGGUACCUGUACGGCCGCGCUGGAAAGAAGGGUGUCUAUUCGGCUAUGUUCAAGGACCCCGCCAAGGUAGCGCGACGCCUCCGCGCAGGAGAGGAGAAAUACGAUUUUGACGAGUAUGACGUUGUCAUUGUGGGCGGAGGCACCGCCGGCUGCGUGCUCGCGGCACGGUUGUCGGAGGACCCUGCUAUACGUGUCUUGUUGCUCGAGGCAGGCUCGAGUUCUGUCAAGAACCCAUUUGCCAUCAUUCCCUCUGCCUACUCUAAGCUUCUCCAUACCAAAUGGGACUGGGAGCUGUUCACUGUCCCCCAGACCAAUGCUGAUUCCCAAGUGAGAUAUUGGCCGAGAGCGAAGCUGCUUGGAGGAUGUACUUGCAUGAACGCACUCAUCUUCCACAUCGGGGCCCCUGAGGAUUACGACGAGUGGGUUCAACUACAGAAGGGCCAGCCAGGGGCAGAGCAGUGGGCAUUCAAGGAGGUUAACAACUACAUCAAAAAGUUCGAGACGUUCCAUCCAAGUCCGGAUUAUCCUGAAGUAGAUGCUUCGCUGCGUGGUAAUUCGGGGCCAGUCCAAACCGGAUUCUUUGGCUUCGCCUCGGAGGGGACCAGAAACUUCAUUGAAGCGUGCGCCAAGGUGGGUAUACUCCGCACGCCUGAUACAAAUACGCACAAGGGUACGAUUGGAGUCACCAAAGUAAUGACGUAUAUCACGCCGAACGGUCGUCGUGUGACCACUGAAUACGCGUAUCUCACCGCGGACGUGCUUGCACGGAAGAACUUGAAGGUCGUUACGCAUGCCCAUGUCACCCGGAUCAUCUUCGACCGAUCAGGGGCCACACCUCGCGCAGUCGGUGUCGAAUUCACGCACGGGAAGGGAGAGAAGUUCCGCGUGAAGGCGAAGAAAGAGGUAGUUGUGUCAGCUGGCGCUGUGCACACACCUCAGAUCCUCAUGCUGUCUGGCGUCGGUCCAGCGGAUCACCUUGCUUCGCACGGCAUUCCCGUCGUCGCUGACCUUCCUGGAGUGGGAUCACACCUCAUGGAUCACAUCGUUAUCGACCUGAACUAUCGUGACAAGACUAAAUCCAGUAUUCUCAUACUCAAGGGCCAGACUUUCCUUCAUAAACUCGCGCUUGUGAAGGCACUACUCGAAUACCGCACUACUGGAAAAGGUCCUUUGACGACAAACGUUGCGGAAGCGAUCGCGUUUGUACGCUCAGACGACCCAGCGCUAUUCCCGCCGAGCCAGUUCCCCGAGAAGAGAUACGAAGACACAACGUCCGGCCCUGGCGCCCCCGACAUCGAGCUGUUCUUCACGCCUACGGCAUACCUCAAGCACGGCAUGGGUUAUCUGCCGCCAUAUCACUAUUUUGGCCUACACGGCGUGCUCCUUAGGCCCACAAGCACGGGCACGAUCCGCCUCAAGUCGGCUAACCCACAUGACGCACCCGUCAUCGACCCGAACUACCUGUCCACGGAGCAUGAUGUCGCUAUUCUCGUGCGCGCCGCGCGCCUCCUCGCGAAAAUCCUGCACUCCGAGCCGCUUGCGUCCAUGCUCGACCCCGUGGGCAAGGACGACGCGGUCCUCGACCAUGCAUUCCACGAGCUCGACGACGCGGCCGUCGCGGAGGGCAUCCGCCGAAAGGCGGAGACGCUCUACCACCCCGCGUGCACGGCGCGCAUGGCCCCACGCGAGGAGGGCGGGGUCGUGGACCCGUUCUUGAGGGUGCAUGGGAUCCCGAACUUGCGCGUCGUGGACGCGUCCGUCUUCCCGACCAUCGUCAGUGGGCAUACAGCCGCACCGACGCUCGCCGUUGCGGAGAAGGCGGCGGACUUGAUCAAGGCGGCCUUGUCUGCUACUCCGCAGGUCAAGGUUGACCCCCCUGCUUGAAUGACUGGGGCGACCAGAGGCGAUGUAUGCAUACCCUCAACGGCGAACAGCAAUCACUAACUACCAUCUUGCCGACUUGUAUAAGAGUGCUCUGUAUUGUAUUGUAACCUAUCC